AUGCUCAUCAGAACCACAACCAGCACACAGAAGGAGAACCAGAACCUCCAGAACCUCCAGAACCUGCAGAACCUGCGCAUCCUCUCUGACUGUUACCUGAGCUUACCUGAGGUUGCCGGCUCACACAGCACACGCCUGAGAUCACACCUGAGAAUCCAGGAUCCGUUCACCAGCAGAACCAGAACCAUGACGCCGUCUUCAGUCCUCCUCCUCGUCUUGCAGCUCUGCAGCCUCCAGCUGAUGGCGGUCGCUAGGCCGAGAUGUUGGUUGCCAGGAAACGUGGUGCAGAGUGCCCACCACCUGCUCAGAGACAUGGGGGGAGCGUUUCCUGUCCAGUGCCUGCCAUACAAUGUCAACGUCUCCUUACCAGACUCUGUCUUCCCCAAUCGCUCUCAGUGUCGCCAUGUAUUGUGGGUAGUGUACGAGUCCCUGCGGGAGGCGGAGCUAAUGUUCGAGGAGCAUGACUUACCUGUUGGAGAGGGCGGAGUCAACUGGGACGAGCAGAAGUUAGACAACUUCCAGAAUCUUCAGAACCGGCUGGUGGAGCAAGAUGGCAGUUGUCUGUCCAACGUGAGCUCUUCAGUCGUUUUGUCCUCGUACUUCAGCAAAGUGACAACCCUUGUCGAGCAGCAGGACAGCGCCGCCUGUGGUUGGUUUGCUCUGAGGAGAGAUCUGCUCUGGGUCCUAAAGUCCGCCCUGCAGAAACACCACGCCUGCUUCAGAUGGAGCCACGCCCAUUGAUGUCACAUGACUAUGCCUGCCGAGGACCACCAUGGCCACGCCCACUGAAGACUGACUGGGCGACAUUUAGCGAAAAUGCAACCAACAAAUAUUUAUAUUUUUUUAAUCUAUUUAUUUAUUAAGGACAUUUUC